UAUUUCACUCAUAUUUCGAGGUGUUUUGGGGUAUUAGACUUGGCGCAGUGUGAGAGGCGGUUGGUGCGCUGCCUGCAGGGUGUGCCCGCACCAAGUUCAUUUUUGUUCAUCUCCAGCUUGAAAACCCACACUCUUACUACAAUGGCAGCGAUCGGAAACCGUGGAACAGUGACUGAGGCGGCUGGUUUCGAUGCAGACGCAGACGCCCAGAGGCUCAGAGGAGCCAUGAAGGGAGCUGGCACUGAUGAGGCAGCUCUCAUUGACGUACUAACACAUCGUACCAUUGCCCAGAGGCAGCGUAUCAAAGAGGCCUACAAACAAUCAGUGGGGAAGGACCUUGCAGACGAUUUGUCCUCGGAGCUGAGUGGGAACUUCAGGACUGUCGUUCUAGGUCUGCUGAUGUUGGCACCUGUGUAUGAUGCCUACGAGCUGAGAACCGCAAUUAAGGGGGCUGGAACAGAGGAAGCUUGCCUCAUCGAUAUUCUCGCUUCAAGGUCAAAUGCUGAAAUCCAAACCAUCAAUGCGUUCUAUAAGAAAGAACAUGGUAAGAGCCUUGAAGAUGAUGUGUGUGGAGACACAUCUGGAAUGUUUCAGAGAGUUUUGGUCUCUUUACUUACGGCGGGACGGGAUGAUAGUGACAGCGUGAACGAGGCCCAAGCUGCGCAAGAUGCUAAGGAAAUCUAUGAGGCUGGUGAGGCUCGAUGGGGCACAGAUGAAGUGAAAUUUCUCACUGUGCUUUGUGUGAGGAACCGAAAUCAUCUGUUGCGAGUGUUCGAGGAAUAUCAGAAGAUUUCUGGAAGAGACAUUGAGGACAGCAUUAAGCGGGAGAUGUCUGGUUGUCUGGAGGAUGUCUUCCUGGCCAUAGUGAAAUGCCUAAGGGACCGUCCAGCGUUCUUCGCAGAACGGUUAUACAAAUCAAUGAAGGGGCUGGGAACCACCGACAGUGUCCUCAUCAGAAUUAUGGUUGCCAGGGCUGAGAUUGACAUGCUGGACAUCAAAGCACAGUUCCUGAAGAUAUAUGGCAAGACUCUCCACUCCUUCAUCAAGGGAGACACAUCUGGUGACUACCGCAAAAUCCUGCUGGAGCUGUGUGGAGGAGAAUAAAAGAACGAUCAGAACAAUAUCCACCUUUUCAUUCAGCAAACCAUGUUAUUGGCUUUCCUCUUUUGAUGAAUAUACUGUCCUGUGUCUUACCAUUUUCUUUUCCGUAGCUUUAACAUUUCACUGAUUGACAAACAAUGCUUGUUUAACUGUUUGUAAUGCUAAUUAAACCAAAGAGCAGCAACCUUU